UAAAUAUUUGUAUUUUAUGAGUAAUUUUUAACACCAAUGGAGGGCAGCCACUGUAAUCAUGAUUGUCAUAUAACAAAUGCUAACAAAUCAGUUUGUCAAACUCUAUCUGAAAUGGAUUGGGAGAGGGGAAUUUGGAAUGCAGCAUUUUCUGGAGAUAAGGAUAGGAUAACAGAAUUGAUAAAUAAAAGUAGAAACAUUACAGAAACUGUGAAUGCACCAGAUAAUGCUGGCUAUACUGCUUUGCACUAUGCAGCAAGAAAUGGUCAUUUAGAUAUUUGUAAGCUUCUUCUUGGAUAUGGAGCAAUUCUUGAUGUUCAAACAAAGAGUGGAAAAGCUACACCUUUACAUAAAGCUGCAGCUACUGGCAAACUGUCAACUGUAAAAUUUCUCAUAGAGUCUGGAGCUAAAACUGAUUUGAUAGAUGACGAUGGAAAAACUAUACUGCAUAAAGCUGUCGAGUAUAAACGAGAAGAUUUAGUUAAUAUGCUGCUUGAAACACAUCCUACCCUUCAAAAUGUAAAGGACAAAAGAGGCUUAUUGCCCUUAGAUUAUAAGACAUAAUGAUAAUUUAAAACUUGUCCCCUUGAGAGUCAUGAUAAUAUAAGGUACAAUUUUAUCAUAUCUGUUUGUUACAUAUAUUAAUAUUUUUCUGAUUACCAGUUAAAGUCCAUGUAUUUUUUUUUUGAGUUACA